GUUCGUUAAGUAUGUUUGCUGAAUUCUUGGAAGCGAUUCAGAGGUCUACACAAAACACAUUGUGUACAAAUCGCCGACGCAUGCAAAGUUGACGGUACUACAGCAGUCUUCUGAGAGACGAAAAAUUCGGCAGCGUCUUCCGAAGGGAGUCGAUCAUAAAAUGGGUUACCCCAUCAUCGCAUACCUUGUCUUUGUUGUCGUCACUUUACCCUGGGUAGAAGGCCAGUUUCCCAGAGUCUGCACUGACCGGGACAGUCUGAGAGACAAGAAAUGUUGUCCUACUCCUAGUGACUUCACCACAGAAUGUGGUUACGAUGGAGGCAGAGGACAGUGCCAUGAAUUGACCACCCAUGAUUGGACAUCUAAAUACAGCCAUUACCGGCCGUUCCAGAUGGAGGACGAGAGACACAACUGGCCGCAUGGUCUUUACCACAAAGUCUGCAAAUGCAACGCAAACUAUGCAGGUUACGAUUGCAGCAAAUGCGCGUUUGGCUUCUAUGGCAGUACCUGCACGCAGAAGAAAAAUUUGAUACGAAGAAAUUUUCUGAACCUGACAACCGAGGAGAAAGAUCGAUACAUGAGAUACGUCAACAUGUCCAAGCACUAUGUAAGUGACUUCGUGGUUACGUCUACUCCUUACAAGGAGAUAAACAAAACCGUUAUGGAGGGUGGCGACCCAAAGUCCUUCUUUUAUAAUGUCACUUACUAUGACUUGUUCACGUGGAUGCAUUACUAUGCUGCAAGUGACACCAUUUUACCUCAUGAUAUCACUGAAUCUGAUAUCGACUUCGCACACGAUGGUCAGGGAUUUCCCUCAUGGCAUCGGUUGUACUUGUUAGCAUGGGAGAGAACCUUGCAGGAAAUUGGAAACGAUGAAGAAUUUGCCCUCCCUUUCUGGGACUGGACCGGGAAUCCCACUGGAUGCGACCCCGCAGUUUGCUCUGAAGAGCUCCUUGGCGUAACGGACCAAACUACUGGCAUUGUGAGGGGCAAAUACUUGAAUGACUGGUACGUCCUUUGCACCGGCAAACAAACCCAACAACUAACAAAGCCGUGUAACCCCACCAUAACAAGAAAUGGAUUGAAACGGAACACAGAUGAUGAGAAGAAGAAGAAAAAAGGAGAAGGAUAUACUAUGACAUUUCCAACAAAAACAGAAGUCAACUUCGCGCUCCGUUUUGAAACCUUUGACCUCCAACCCUACAGCAAAAGUUCUAGCUGCAGUUUUAGAAACAUCCUGGAGGGUUAUGCCAGCGCCGAAACUGGUCGUCACCAUUCUGACGUCCAUGGCAUGCACAACCAGGUCCACAUAGUUGUUGGAGGAGAAAUGGGGGACGUACCUUCGGCAUCAAACGACCCAAUUUUUCCUCUUCAUCACGCGUUUGUGGAUCGUAUCUAUGAAAAGUGGUUGCGGAAGUUUAAUAAAGAUGCAAAUGUGCUAUCCACUUACAAUGCACCCAUUGGUCACAACAGAGAUGACGUCAUUGUGCCGUUGUUUCCGGUUUACACUCACCAACAGAUGUUCAAGAAGUCUUUCGAGUUCGGUUAUGAUUACCAAGACGUCGAUGAAAAAGGCAGGUCUCCUGGUGACGAGAAAGAAGAUGAAUCAAAGUCUUUGGGAGAUUGUCCAACUAAAUCUGCAGCGCCUGGAAAGCUAAUGUGUUGGUGGCUGAUGUCAGUCAUGUUAGUAUGGCAGCUACUUUUGGCUGAUUGAAGACAGGGUGUGAAGAGAAUUAGCUUGCUUUAGGCUCUUAGUAAGUGGAGAUGCGUGAAAUAGUGGGUGUGGGAAAAGCAGGAAGCAGGCCACACAGCGGUCAAACGUCGGGUGUGCGCAAGGGGUUCAAUUCUGGCAGGCCGCGCGCCAUUUUCCCGCGCAAAAUUUCUAAGGAAUACAUAAGAAACAGCUCCUGUCUCGCAAAAUAAGCGAAAGAAAAUUGAAACGUGCAUCGUAAUCUGUAGAAGAAAAUAAAAGUAGGGAAAAAGAAAACUCGAUAAUUUUCGAACACGAAGCUUAUUCAAGUACGGG